CUUGCCAUUCUAUCAAAGCACACCAUUGUACUUGUCUGAACAAGGCAAAGAAAGAAGCUAAUGGGGGGGGAAAUUGUAGUGAGGAAAUGUGUGGUAAAACAUCCCCAUCCAGGUACUGGUUUGAUCAAUGUACAUUGAUUAAGAUUAUUCCAAUUAAGUUGUUUUGCAGAACCGUUACCAUUUGAAAAGAAGGGAGAAUAAACAGUUUCAAAAGGAUAUGAGUAUUGAAGGUGUACUAUUUAUGCGCGCAUUUUUGUCUAUAAUGUUACUUUGCUUUUGAAAAUCAUGGGCUGAACUUUAGUCUGUUGGCUGCAGUUUGAUGGAAAGAGCAUCUGAUCAAUGUGCACGUCAGCUAACAACUUGUUUGGAGGUAGAAGACCCUAUGGAUUAAAAACUUCCACGAGUUGCAGCAUUCUGUUAGUUUGUGAAAUAUGGCAUCUCAGUCAGCCUCCCACGCAUGCUUGCUGCAUUGCCUAAUCAGAUUCCUAUUAAACCUACUGCAGAACUCAAUCUUUCCUAGUGUAAAAAUCAAAGAAUUUGCUUAGUCAGGGAAUUGUUGGAAAUAUGAGAGCAAUAGAAUUAUUUUAUUAUUCCCUUUCCGUCUCUCUUUAUUCUCUUGAUUCAUACUUUCUCAUUUUGCGAUGAGUUUGACAUUAAAUUUGCUCAUUCUUAAUCGUCCUGUAUGUUACCAUUGCAGACAUUCCCAAAUCCUUCUGUUGUGCUCUUACUAACAACAAUUUAGAGGGCAAAGUGGUUGGUUUUGAGUUUGAAGAGCACUUUUAACUCAUCGUCACACAGUAUAAUUCCAUUUCAGCAAAUUAGUGUAUUUUUGAAUAGAACUUGUGUUUAUGUGUUAUAAAAUAAUGAUUCAUGGGAUAUAGUUUCUGACAAGCAAAUAAUUACAUUAAGAAGAAAUUAAAGCUGUUGUGUUUGGCUUGGAGAGAAACUGGAUCAGGAGUCAAGACUGAUACAGAAAUCUAAUUAUGUUGAUUUGCAUUUGAGAUCUGGCAUUGAUAAACUAAUACAGAAUAACCGCUGUUCUCUGCUGUCUAGCUGCAUGUAAUUUAUUCACUAUAAUCAUUUGAAUUAACCAUCCGAAUGCAUUUUGUUUGUGUAAAAGACCUGUGUCUAUUAUUCCAGGUUUUGACAUUGCAUAAUUCAUCAGCUAUUGAGUGGGUUAUACUUAUCAUACCAUAUAAUGACAGAUUACUCAAAUAAGCAAACCGGAUAUUCAGCUAAGAUAACGGGAACACUGAUCCAGCUGAAUUAUGUUGAUUGCAGCUAGCUGUAAUGCAUAUGUUGUUGGGAUGGUCCAGCAGUUGUAACUGAAUUGUUGCCAUUUCUCAUCGUAAGUGCUACUAAGCUUAGAAUUACCAAGCAAUGUGGAAGUCCCAAGUUUGCUGGCCACUUUUAGGACUAUUACCUAGACCGGAGGAGAAUGAGGAGAGAUUUGAUAGAGGUAUUCAAAAUUAUGAGGGGUAUAGAUGGGGUAACUGCAAUCAGGCUUUUUGCACUGAGGUCGGGUGAGACUCGAACUAGAGGUCAUGAGUUAAGGGUGAAAGGUGGAAUGUUUAAGGGGAACUUGAGGGAGAACUUCACUCAGACAGUGGUGCAAGUGUGGACCAAGCAGCCAAUGGGAGUGGUGGAUGCAGAUUUGAUUGCAAUGCUUAAGAGAAGUUUAGAUAGAUACAUGGAUGGAAGGGAUAUGAGGGGCUAAGGUUCAGGCGCAGGUCGAUGGGACUAGGCAGAUUAGUAGUUUGGCAUGGACUGGAUUGGCUGAAGGAUGUGUUUCUGUGCUGUAGUGCUCUAUGACUGACUUUUCCUGGGAUUAGCCAACUGUCAUCAGUGUUACCUUGUGGCAGCAGCGUGUGAAUUUGCUGCAGUCCCCCCAGCAGUAAAGCAGGGGAAUCUGCAUGGCGAUUUCUUCAAUUUGUCUGUAAAGGAUCAGAUAAGUAUGAGGAUAUAUACCUUUGUUCUAACUAAUUGCAUUUGUCCAAUUGGUUUAAAUGAAUUUUAAUUUUACUUUUCUAAAAAUUAAAAUUCCAUCUUUGAUUUUUAUUACAUUGAAGUUUUGAGUUACUUCUGAAUGUCAGGAGCAUUCAGAAAUAUUUUAAAUCCAGAAGUGAUUAGUUUAGUUCAGCAUUUGAUUACUGAUUUAAUUGCACAACAUUAUAGGCCAAAGGGUCACUUGGCUGUAUAUGUUCUGUGUUGACUUGAUGGUUUGUUAAGAUCAUGCAUGAUUUAUCCUGCAGGCAAAAUUAUUUUUCCAUUUGUUUUGUGGAGAGAAUUAGCUUCCCCUCCUCCCACCCACAACUCCCCUCCCCAGUCCUCUCCUAACUUUAAGUAAAGUCCUUGUGCGGUGCAGGCUCUUACAGUUUUAGAUAGGGAAGGGGCUUGAUGACAGCUUUGAAAAGUAAGUCAAUCCAGGAUAGGGAAGUAUAUUCCUAGCAAUUAUCAAAGUGCUGAUCGUAGGCCAGUCACCAUCGGCACCAAACCUGACCAACUGUUGUGGUUGGUUUGUACUUCAUGUGUUUCAAGAAAAUGAAAUAAUAUACUCAUUCUUGGACUACAUAGUUUUAAAAUGAGUGUUUUAAUAAGUAACAUAAUAUGCAAUAUCAUUUAUAUGUGCAUUCCCCCUCCCCACCCCAUCCCCUUGCCUCUUUUUAUUGCCCUUGUAGGUCCCUGCUGCCGCUGUGCUUCCUCCUUCAGCCAGCGUGUUUUUGGUUGCAGACUUCCAGUGACUGCUUUCAGUCUUGCUUCCUGAUCAGCUGACAGAAGCUGCACUCUGCCGGGUGUGAUUGGUCCUGCCAAUUCACCCUCCCCAAUCAACAGUGAGCACUCCUCUGCACAGUGCUCCAUCUGGCAGUCUGGCCAAGAAAUGAUGAAGCUCCCCCUAGUGGGGGCAGAUGCUGCACAGACUCGCACACUUGUAAAGGAUACGAAAUGCCUGCCUAUGAGGGAAGACCUUCCGAAGUGCCCUGCAUCAGGGGAAUGUGAAGAUGUAACAGCUGCCUGGAACAAUGCACUUACAGCUACCUCACACUUAAAACGAAAAAACUCUGAAUCAGAUGAGUCUCUAACAGAUGAUCACACUGAAUAUCAAGCCAAAAAAUUAAAAGCAGAUGACGUUUCUGAUCUCUGGGAUGCUGCUGGACUGCCAUGGUGGUUUAUAAAAACCUUGCGUUCUAAUUAUGGAAGCAAGAAGAGUGGAUCAACUGAUAUUCAUAGUAACCAGGAUAUAGACACUGCCAUUGUCUCUGACUCGACUGAUGAUCUGUGGUUUCUGAAUGAAGCUCCUACUGACCAAAUAAACACAGAGAUAAAGUUGGACACUGUUGAGUUGAAAGCGAAAGAUGUUUGUGAGGGCCUGGUGGAGGAAGGAGACAACACAGAUCAGAAGGAGGUUAUUGAAGUUACAGUAUUUGAAACGGAAAAGGACACAGUGGAUUCAGGGGAUGAGACUGACACAGAAAUAUCUCAUUUGGCCGAGGAUUCCAGUGACUUGAAGGACUCUUGGAAAUGUACUAAAUGCGGAAGGUUGAAUCCCUCUCAAAAGCAAUACUGCCUUCAGUGUUGGGCACUUCGUAAAGGCUGGCACCUAAAUUGUCCCAGGUUUGUACCGUGCAUUUCUGACCCAUCCAUCAGCUUUGGAGAAGGUGAGGACGAUGAAGGUAUUGACGUUCCUGACUGUCAGAGGUCUAUCUCUGAGCCUCUGCUUCAGACUGAAGUUGUCAAAUGCAAGGAGAAAGGGAAACAUAUCCAGGGCCGAGCAUCUAGAGAGAGAUUUCUACAACCAUCCACUUCAAGUAUCAGCUUAUGUGGGAGCAAAGAGGAGGUUGAAUCCACAUGUGAAGAAACAAAAGUACAACACAAGGAAUCCUUGCAUUUUCAAAGAAAUCACUUGGGGCCCUGUCUUAUCUGUGGUGUGCGUCCAAGGACUGGGAAUAUCAUUCAUGGAAAGACAGGACACCUUGUAGCAUGCUAUGCAUGUGCUAAAAUGUUAUAUAAGCGUAAACUGCCUUGUCCUGUAUGCGUGCAGCCGAUUACUGCAGUAAUUAAAACUUUCAUAGGGUAAACAACUUGCUUAGUUAAAUACUAAGCAAUAUUCAAGUGAACAUGUAGCAUAACUCCUCAGAUUCUGAUCCAUCCAGUAGUUUCUGGUCACUUUUGUUGUGAUAUGGUUAAGAUGACUGAGAAUCUGUAACUUCAGAGAAGUGGGUGUACUUCAAUCAUUCCAGAGAGUUGCCAUGGGUUCGUGCCAUAGAUGCUAAAUGUUGGGUGUAAAACACACCACAGAGGGAAAUUAAACUUAUUCAGUUGCAACUUUGAUUCAUGAUCCCAUCAUUAGUGAGGUGCUUUGGGAGAUAAUGAGACUAAUUGAAAUGAUUACUGAAACAAUACCGUUGAUGGCUACCAGUACAACUAAAUAUCAUGCACGGUAUGUCAGAUGAAAGAGUAUUUUAGGGAUUUAACUUCAGUGAUUAAGUGUGGAGUUGACCAGUUUUUUUGUUUAGCAUAAUGUCUAGCUCUUAGCAAAACAUUGAGAAGUCAAAAACCUGGUUGCCACAUUUUGGAAUUACAAAGUUAGCCAGAGUUGGAUUCAUACUUCCACUAUUGGAUUACGUUUCAUUGCAAGUCGGAGAAUUUGUAUGCUGGGGACACCACAUUUUCUUUUCUUAUGUAGGAAGAUAACUGUCUCAUACUGUUUUUUGCUCCAUUUUGAGCACUAAUGGACCAAUGCCUUAAGUCAUAGCCAAUGUUGAAUUGUAAGGAACACUAAUCUAGCAAGCUAUGUUACACAGAUGUUACAAAGAGAGUCACAAGAAUGGACGGCUACAUGCAGCCCAGUGUUUUGAGUUUGUUGUUCAUGCAUUUCCAAUCUUUAGCAAUACUAGGCCAUGUUUUGACUCUGAUGUUGCAAUGUUAAUAAUUACUGUUCUGAAUGUAGCUCCCGUUCAGAAAGGAAAAUAAAAAUUGUACUAAAGCUGAAGUUAAUAUUUCCCACCUUGACUCUACAGGAGAUGUGUAGUCAGUUCUGAACAGAUUCAGUUUUGAUUUGAAACUUGAGUUUAAAAUGGAGCUUUGUGAUAAAUUAUUUUCUCAGAAAUUAUAAAGUUCUUGUUUGUCAGUUUGCCUUGGGUACCCAGCCGGAUGUAAUUCUCGUACCACUUAAUCACUUCUGUUUCUAAUUAUGAGAGAAGGCUUUUGUAUUUACAGUAAAUAGUUACGUCCAUUUGGAAAACAUAUUAACAGUUCAAGCUCAGUAAGAAAUUUAUGAUUAAAGUUAAUAAAUAUGACAAUUAUUUAUUAUCAAA